AACUCCCUUAUAGCCACUAUUGAGGCGUCCGACAAGGAUGUUGGCUCUGUCCUGUCUUAUUCAGUUGUCGGGGACAAUAGAUUUUCAGUGAAUGCCCAGGGACAGGUCUUUAUGAUGUCACCUCCAGAAGCCUUCCCAGACUCCGAAUACCGUGUGGUGAUCUUAGUCCAGGACGAUGGACUUCCGCCGAGACAAGCAACUGCGCAUGUCCUUGUGAAUCUACCGGCUUUAACCCCGACAGGGGUCCCGCCCAUAACCGCAACAAUAACCACUACAGAGGCCCCUACAAAUGCUGCCGUGAAGGAGGAGCCGAAUGACGUCGUUCCCAUCAUCUUGGGUGUUGUCGCUGCCGUCUUGCUCUUUGUCGUCAUCGUUCUUGCUAUUCUGCUUGUUAGAAGCAAAAUGGCACAAGGGUCAGCCGAUAUUCAAACCGAAAACGCAAGUGAAAGCAGACAUGCCUUUAAGGACGAAAACCUGGAAAAAGUUAAACCACCUAGUCAUCUUGACCCGGAAGGACUUGCAUACAGAUCCACGAAGCCCUCCAACGGAAUGUUCCCAAGUACACUUGACCUUAACUUCGACGCGGACCAUGGCGAAACGGAAGAUGGCGCCACUACAGUACAACACAACCCUAUCACUUCUAUUAACCACGGCUACAGUGGAAGUGACAUGUCGGAAAUGGGACGGGACAUGGGUGACAUCCGUAUACAGACCUCGAUGACACCUUACAAAGAUGGUUACAUUGAUUACACUGAAAACGACCUUUACGGCACGGGCGACAUGAAGACGUUCCAUCACACCGGAAGUAGUUGUGAGAGUCUAAGCAGCGACAGCACCCCGGGCAGUAAGAAACAGCUGGUUAAACCCGACCUGGUAGAGCACGACAAGGGGAACGGCAAACCCUUUUCCUGGAACAACUUGAACAGCACUGAAGAAGUGUCUGGUAAUGACACGAAGCCCGCGGAAGAAAAGCCAGAGAUAACGGUCUACUUUUGAGGAGAUGCCUACCUAAGCAUUGGUUGCUGUUCACUCUAAGGACAUCUCAUUACUGUUGUGAUAAAACUUCUAGAGGCCAAACUCUCGCGGUUGUGAUAUUCUAGGCCGUAAAGCCUACAGCCAACGAAUUAUGAACAAUAAUUGGAUUCGUUUGUAUGAUGUAUCACGCGACUUGGCUGACAUUUCCUGUAGCCAAUCAGCACGCGGCCAAGUGUUCAGUGUGGGACUUCUGUGCUUCAUAGCAAUUGGGACCGGAAACAAUGCAAGAAGAUAUUCAACCAUAUUAUAUAUUCAGCGGUUAUGACGUGCGUCAUUCCAAGAGCUUGCGGGAGUCAAUUAAUGUAUCAUUUCUGGUGCAUCUUUAUCGGCGUCUGUCUCAAACGGAAAGAGCGAAAAGUAGAUUCGUCCGAGCGUUGUUUAUUCAUACAUUGAGAUUAGCUAUAACAUUCUGUGACUCGCAUUUUUAUCCCUGGACUUCCACAUUAUUCAUGUCUUCCCACACAAAAGGACGAAUCCAACGCAUCUGAUGUCCCACCAACCCUUCUCGUGACAACGUUACUUUUCAUUCUAUUCCCGAUGAAAGCAGUUGUGACGUCAUGACGUCACAGAAAGAUUGAACAUUUGUAACCAAUGUUUACCGACUGGAUAGUGGACAACUGUGUGUUCUUGAUUAACAAUUCGGAAAGAUCUAUAGGGUACUUCCUGUUGCUCAUUUUCCUAGUGACGUGCAGUCUGACCGAAAAGUAUAUUUUUAAAUUUUCUAAGCUUCUAGGUGAAUAUCUGUUUUCAUUCAUUGACGUUUUUCUUCAUUCAUAUUUUCUAUACCUUAAAGACGAUGAAGUAAAAGAAAUGAAAUGAAAUAGAGUCUUUGCCAGAGAGGAACAGAAAUCACCAAUAUGGUAAACGGAUUACCUUGUUAAUUGGUAUCAUUAUCAUUGUUCAUCUCAACAAUAUCGCCUAUUAUACAUAAUUCCUGCUCAUAUGUACUUAGUUUAUUAAUUAAAUCUUUGAAUUUAUGUUGUAUUAAGACAGGGUUAUCAUGGAAGGGAAGGUUCUGUAAAAUUUAUCUGGUCAGCUGAACGGGUUAAGAAACACACCUUGUGAGAUGAAACUUACCCAGGUCAUAGCUCAGACAAUUUCAUCUUGGACAAACCUGUCAUUUCUGUGCAGUAAGGAAUAUAUAGGUAACCCGGCGGCUAAAUUAGACGUGUAUGCUAAUGAGAGGAUUAAAAGUUCUUGUAGACUUGGCAGGUAAAUCUGUAGGGUAGAGAUCAAAGCGAGGCUCAGUGAAGGCAAGGUCAACAAAGGGAAGCAACUGAAUCAUUAUUGUAUAUUUCCUCAUCAUACAGUAUCGGACUACGCAUUUUCUCAUUUCUUCCCAUUACUAAACCUAUGACAAAAACGUGUUAAUAAUCUAAUGUAUAGCUUAUGAAAAAAGAAGGUACACCAGUUUCAGUCAUGAUGUAGGUAAGCAGAGGUGAUGUACAUUUUGGAUGCCUAAUGGUGCUAUGUGAUACUAUAUAAAAUCAUCGCUUCAGUUUUCGUAAGUAUUUGGCCCGAAAUUUAUUAAUAUAUUAUGUAUUUUAUUCAUAUUAACUCAUAUAAGUGUUGUCCAUAUAUUAACUGUACAUAAAUUCUGGCAUGAAUGAUUUCGUGUUAUAUUUGUCUGAAUGCAGGUUCGAAGCCCACAGUGUACAUAUUCUUGUAUAUAGUAUUCGCAUGUUCAAAUAGUGCUUGUUGCCUGUCAGUUAUUAUUAUUAUUAUUAUUAUUAUAUUAUUAUUAGUAUUAUCAGACCUUCCAACUUUUUGACUAUUCGCCUUUGAUAUAUAGAUACAAAGUUGGGUGUGGAAUCAUGCUAUUUUCAUUCCUUAUUGGGAUUAUCAUCAUAAGGCCAACGUAUCUAAAGUAAUAGUGUUUGAGACUAUUAGAGACAUUUAGUUAGAAGUUACUAAACUAGAAUGGAUAAACUAAUUCUGGUUUGAAGUUACAAAGUUCAACUUCUAACUGACUAAAGAGCUCUACUGUCUAACCUAUGUACUAUCAUAUAUGGCAUAACGAGGUGGUCGAACCACUACAUUGACUAAGCCUUACACGUUUCUACGGCCAAAUGUUCACAAAUUGAUGAACGUAUAAACUGAAACUUAUGAGCUUACCAAGAGUCCGAUUUGUAUUGCAACUAAAAUUGUUUAUUAUUGUCAAUGUACAAAGAUAUGUCACAGAUAUAUUUUAUACUCUUCAGGAAUAAA